AUGCUGAAGUUCAAUUAUAAAACAGAAGUCAAACAGAUCAACUCUAUAGGCUUUCCACUUUUUAUGCUUCGGCUAACAAGUUUUGUGUCUUUGAAAGAUCCCAAGGAAGUGAAUGACAAGGAGCUCAUUGGUCAUGUGGUGGAGAUAUAUAAUCCUGUAGACAAGAUUGUGGGUGGUAAAGCCACAAAAUUGAUGGACUUUCAAAUCUGUGAUAAUGCGGCAAAGGUUGUUAGUGGUGAGGUCAGAAUAACAUCAUCAUAUGAUGCAACUAAGAUCUGGGUUAAUGCUGAUUUUGAUGAGUUCAAUGACUUCAAAUCUCAGUUAAAAGUUCAAGAGACUCCAAUUAAAAGUAUGAGCAUUGUGACUCUAAACUCCCAGUCCACAGGGAUUGAGAGUUUCCAAAAGGGUGAAAGGAUUGUGUCUACAAUCUUUGAUCUACAUAAGCUGCAGGAUGGGGAUUACUAUGUUCCUGCUGAAAUUAUGGCCAUAGAGUCUUCUAGAGGCGAUUGGUACUACAUGGCAUGCAUGACACCUGGAUGUAACAGGAAGCUUAAAAUAAUUCAAGGGGUCCUAAGCUGUGAAAAGUGUGAAAAACCAUUUGAGGAAGGUACAACUAGAUAUAAGCUUUUGGUGAGAGUCUUAGACAAAACGACAUAUGCAACUUUCCUGCUAUGGGAUAGGGAGGUUGCAGAAUUAGUUGGCAUUCCUGCUACUCUGUUGUAUGACAAGUACAAAAAGGCUGAUGUUGACAUCCCCACUGAGAUUGAGGUGCUGGUUGGUUUAAAAAUGAUUUUUAAAGUUGGUAUUAAAAGAGCUCAAAUGAAAGGGACUAAUCCAGCUUUCAAUGUAAUGAGGGUACUAAGGGAUGAGGAGUUGUUAGAUGCUUAUUGUGCCAGAUUAUUUGAAGAUCAAGAAAAAGAUCUCAUGUCACAGCAGAUAGAAAAGGAUGAGAACACAUCUCAACAUUCUGAGGAAGCCUCUAAAGAAGAAGAGGUCAAUAGUCCUGCUAACACAAGGCCAUCAGAAUCCCAAGUUAAUGCUAAACCUGAUUCUCCUACUACUAAAAGGUCAUUGCUGGAUCAGUUUUCAUCCUCAAAAGGGAGCAAAAGGACAAAGGGGGCACUCAUUAAGAAGGAGAAGAUGAACUGA